AUGCGUGUACAUGCUUAGAAUCCGUGCCGAGUUUAAUGACAAGAAAACAUUCUAGCGUCAAAGAGCACCGUUCACCAUUUUUCGAAAGUAAGUCCCAAAAUUAAUACAUUCAUCAAAUAUUGGAACAGGCUGUCACAGAGAGAAACCCCAGUUCCUGGCCCUACGUAGUAUACAUAAUUGAAGGAUGACCUGCUGUAAUAGAACUGUACCACAUGACCACUUCUUUUCAAAUACCGUGUUUGGAUUAUAUAGUCAGUCAGAUAUGUCUGUCUAUGAGCAGUAACAUACUAACAGAAAACAGAGCGUGGCGGAUUUCAUGUUAUUGCUAGGCCUGUCAAUCACAAUCGCGGGAAUUUCACCAGGUUUCCAAAAUAAUUUCUUAUAAUAUACUGUCGGUUUGUUAAAUCAUACUGUUGCUUAUAGUGGACGCUUUCAUGAGUGAAUUAUUUGGGAUUGAAUUUUUGUUUGUUUGUUGUUUAACGCCACACACAGCAAUAUUCCAGCUAUACGGCGGCGGUCUGUAAGUAAAUAAGCAAGUAAUCGAGUCUGGACCAAACAAUCCAGUGAUCAACACCAUGAGCAUCGCUCUACGCAAUUGGGAUCCCGUUAGCCGCCUCUUACCACAGUCAUGGGUUGCUGAAGACUGUUUCUAACCCUAUCACACGUUUGUUCUAUUCUUGGUAGCACUAUUCCUGCUUCUUGGUGGUGGCGUGUAAACCGUAAUACUAUAAUCGACCAUAUAAUCAAAUGAUUGAUAUUAAGAGCAAUGACUGAGGACUACAAUGAUCAAGGAUAUCAUAGACACAGACCACUUGCUGCACAAUGUCGUAACUUGCUACACACAGGUUGGUGGGAGCAUAUCUAUCCUGAAUCCAAGUGUGGCCUUGAUUAAAAAUGGAGGAAAAACAACAUGAAAUGAAACUAUAUGUUUAAAGCGUAUCUCGUUAGUGUUUUUGUAUCUGUUAAUGAGACAAGGGACGAGACAAUGUAGAAUCGUAACAAUGUUUACCAAACCAAAGUAACAUUAAACAUAUUACACAGUGGGCUGCUGUUUUGAGUAUUAUUCAGCAUGCGGCAGCUUAAUAAGGGAAAAGUGGCAGUGGGGUUGCCAAGUGGUUAAAGCGUUCGCUCGUCACGCCGAAGACCCGAUGGCGACCGCCAAGAAACUGACAGACAACCACCUCACCUGUGUCAUCUGUACGGAGGUGUUCACAGACCCUGCCACACUUCAGUGUAAUCACACAUUCUGUAAGUCUUGUCUGUUGAAAUACACCAACACACAGCCUGAAGCAAUACAAGCCAAGUCCAUCCCAUGUCCCUCCUGUAGACAACUGACGAAGGUGACCACCCCUGACAGUCCAGUAGAGGAGUGGGUCAGUCAGCUGAAACCAAGCCACGUCAUACAGGGGCUGAUGGACGACUUUGGACCAGGGACAGAAGCUGGCGAUGUUAAUAACUGCAGUGUUUGCAAAACACAAGGGAAGACAACCCCUGCCACCUCCUGGUGCUCCAUCUGUGACGAUGUCUUCUGUGAUGGAUGUCUGAAGUUGCACAACAUGAUGCCAAUGUCACGUGACCAUGAAGUUGUGGGUGUGUCUAAUUCUACCAAAAGAAAAGCCAAGCAACGCUUUAUGUGUAAAAUCCACAAAGACAAACUGAUCGAGUUGUUCUGUAAGGAUUGUAGGAUGGCCAUUUGUCAUACAUGCUGUAGUAUAAAACACAGGAAAUGUGACGAUGUUGAUACUUUAGAUAACAUGACCCCUGUUGUGAGAGAACACCUGUCAAAUCAAAAUCAAGAACUGAAAAUUAAAAUGACAACUUCAGAAAACGAGGUAAUCUUCAAGAAAUCUGAAAUUAAAGAAAUAAAGACAAAUGCGCAAAGUAUCAGAAAUGAAAUCAGAAAAUUACGACAGACUGUGGUAGAAGUGAUUUUACGGAAGGAGAAACAACUCCUUGAUAAAGUCGACCGAUCUACUGAUGAACAAUUACAGGAAUUACAAGCACAAAUAACAUCCCAGGAGAUUGAUCUGCAGAUGUACCAGCAACAGUAUGAGUUCACAGCCACUGCUGUCACGUCCAACUGUGAGAUGGACAUGUAUGCCGUCUAUGAGUCGGUGGGUGAGGAGUCGACAGACAACAGAGACAAGGACAACCGACCAGCGCCAGGAAAGGUUGUAUUCACUCACGACAUGGAGAAGCUGAGUAAAGCAGUGGAUGAGCUACAGCUAGGGAAGGUUGAAGUUGUCGGUGGUGUCAGUGACCACCAGUCUACCCCUGUUCUACAUCACACUAUUGACUGUAAGGCAGAUGAUGACCGUUUGAAUACUGUUAUGUUUGGCGUCACAGUGUUGACUGUUGAUGGUAUAAAAGUAACAGUAGUUGCAGAUCACUUAAACAACAGCAUCAAAACAUAUCAAACAUCAAAACCAAAUACGCAUGGCUAUCAUCUGCUGCUUUCCAGUGGUCCUUGUCAAAUAGCAAAGUUAAGUGAGAGUCGGAUAGCUGUCUGUGUUCCAAACAGUAGGGAAAUAGUUACAGUGGAUGUUACACCAGAUCCUGUAUUGAUGUCAACUAUCCAAACAAGAAAAAAGUACUUCUCUCUAGCCUGUCUGAGUCCUUCACAGCUGGUGGCAGGUACAUGCCUACAGUCUCACUCUGUGGACAUACUGGACAUGACAGGGAAGAUACUGAAGUCUAUCAACACGGGUGUCAUAAAGAAUCCAGACUGUAUCCAUGUCACAAGUAAUAACAACUUGAUAGUCAGUGAAACAUCAGUAAAAUCCCUCGUAUCUGUGACUAGUGAAGGAGAAGCUGUUUUCACCUACACUCCCACAGGAGACAGAGCUAUGAUAAAUCCGUGGGGUAUCACAACAACCAGCACAGGAGAUAUCCUGCUUGUAGACUGCAACUCCCACAAGGUGAUUCAGCUGACCGAGUCAGGGCAGUUUGUCAGGGAUGUCCUCACACAACAGGAUGGUCUGAAAUAUCCUCGUGAUAUCUGUCUUGAUGGGGACGGGUUUCUGUAUAUUGCGUGUAAGCAUGAUAUCAGAGUAUUUAAAUUUAAAUGAAAGGUGCGUGUACAAAGUGAGACAUGUUUAGAUUCCGUGCCGGUUUUAAUAACAAAAAUCAUUCCAGCCAUCAAAGAGUACCGUUCACCAUUUUUCGAACGUAACUCCCAAAAUUACGACAUUGAUCAAAUAUUAGAACAGGCUGUCAUGGACAGAAGCCCCAGUUCGUGGCUCUUUGUAAUACAGAUAUGCAGGAUGACCUACUGUAAUUGAACCAUGACACAUGUCAGGUAUUGUCUGUUUAUGAAUAUCUUUUCAUAUCCUUUGUUUGGAGUGAAUAGUCAGCCAGAUAUGUCUGCCGAUGAGCAUUAACAGAAAACAGAGAGUUGCGGACAUCAUGUUAUCGCUAGGCCUGUCUAUCACAAUCGCGGCAACUUCACCACGUUUGCAAAUUAAUUUCUUAUAAUUUACUGUUGCUUUGUUAAACCUUACUGUUGCUUAUAGUGGACGCUUUAAUGAGGGAAUUAUUUGGGACUUAUUAAGUGCUAUUAAGUAUUGUCCAUAGCGAGCAUCGUCA